AUGCCUCAGACGUGCGUGCUCUCCCCCAUCGCCGCUCAGCCGUCAGAUGUCGCGACGGACGCCAACGUCUCACCGCCAUCGUCCCCGUUAGUAGCUUCCGCAGGCCCCGGAUCGCCGCGCGAGUCAGGCGACUCGGCGUUCCCCGUAAUUUUCGACAACGCGCCGAUCGAAGCGGUGGAAAUCGGCACCCGGCAGCGCGAACCCGGGGAAGCGUACCCGGUGCUUCCGCUCCUCGCGCAGCCCGUCCGGCUUCACAACGAGACGCGCUCGGAAGUUUCGUGGAAGCUGGUGGUUAUCGCGAUCGACGACCCGUUGGUCGCUGCCCGCCGGAUGGACGUGGUUUCACGGAAGCUUCUGCCGAUGGUGCGGAGGUGGGUUCGCGAGUCGGGUUUCGCGUCACCGCCACGUCCGCAAAGGGAAUCGUCAAGACAGGAAACAAAGCCUUCGCCUGCUAGUCCGUCGCGCGACCCUCUCUCAUCUCCCGAUGUGGCGUGCUUGUGGGACGAAGCUGCUCAGAAGGCGCGCACAGUGAUCACCGAGUCGCACUACACGUGGAAGACACGGGUUGGGAAAGUGGCGGAGGGAGGGGACGUGGAAGAGGAGGGGGGUCAAGGGGAUGAGGGGUUGGAGGAGGAGGAGCAGCGGUCAGUCAGGGGGAGAGCAGAGACGAGGCAUGAGUGUGCGGAUGGGGAGGGGGAGAAGGAAGUGGGGGGUGGGCAGGAGGAGGAAAAGGGAGAGGAGGGUGAGGAAGUGGAGGAGAAGGUGCAGGAGGGCGGCAGUAGCAAUAACGGUACCAACGCGGGCGGCAGCGCCACCUCAGCGGGCGGCAGCAGCGGCGCAGCGGGCGGCACAGUGGGCAAGAAGAGUUUCCGGUACAGCAUCAUCAUCCCGUCCAAAUUCUCCAAGAGCGCUGACGUGGCGGCGCUUGCCAGCUGUCACUGCCCGCCAUGCUCCGAACGCUUCUACGCGCGCACUGCCGCGGCCUCACACCUUGCAGCCCGAACGGCCCCGGACGGCAGAAGCAGAGAGCAGCACCGGAGACAAAACACUGCUGCAGCAGGCAAAACCGCCGUAGCAGCCGCAGCAGCCCAAGCAGUCACAGCAGUCACAGGAGGCGAGAGCAGAGUGGGUGCACUCACAGAGGAGCACCCCCCUUUACUUCCACCGGAGGCGAGAGCUCAGCAGGUGCUUCAUCGACCAAGCACCGUUACCAGCGGAACAACCACCACCAGCAGAGCUGACUCCUCUCUUCCUUCUCCUGCCAAACGCUCCGCUCUCCCUUCUCCCAGUCCGCGCCAUCGCGCCAUGCCGCGCUCACCCCUCUCACCGCUCUCACCCCCAUCGCCCCUCUCGUCUACCUCCUCCGCCUCCACUCUCUCGGGUUUCAAGCCUUCAUUCAGUGGCGCCGUUGCAAACCCCCCCUCGGGUCGCUCAGUGCCGAGGUCAUUCUCAAAUGACAACCUUGCACCGCUCUCCACCGCUCAAAACCAUAACCGGGCGCUGAGUCAGGCCCGGUUUGUUCCCCCGAGCCCACGCGAGCCGCGAUCGAGGAAUGGGAGGCAGCGAGGAGGGUUGGAAAGAUUUAGCUCGUCUGAGACCCUGUUAGUGUCAGGGAAUGAUGGAGAGAGUGUGGGAAUGGUGGGAGUGGCGGAUGGUGGUGCUGUGACUGGUUGGUUCUGA